AUGUCCUUUGUCGCUAAGGUUGAUGUCCAACAGACAUUGAAGAACACAGUUCAGCACAAACAGAGAAUCAACGCACCUAUUCGACUACCAAAAACCCCAAAGAAACGUCAAAAAACACCAGGCAGCAAUUAUUCGCCUAACAAAGCCAUUUUACGAAAGAACUUUAGCCGUCUCCUUUUAAAGCAGCAGCCCUUAUUGGAAGGUCAGCCUAUUGAGCCAGCUACUGUCUAUGCAGAAAUAGCACGACUGCCCAUGAAAGAAAUAUGCGACAUCUUUUUUGUUUAUCUCUACAAGGGUAAAACAUAUCGUCGAUCCAGAUCAAUCUUUUUGAAAGCAGCCAGUUAUUGGCCUAACGACGCACUUGCUCAAUUUUUCAAAGAAAGCGCAAGUAGGCAUAUGCAAUUUCGCUUGGAUUUAAUGAAUCAAAUACUUAUACCAAGAUAUAUCAGAAGCAAGGAUUUGAAUAUAAUAUUGCAAGCUUUACCUAUACUACCCACAUCGUCACCGGAAAGGGCGUCCAUGGUCCCCACAACUUCCACUUCCGCUGCCUAUAGUAAUGCUUUGCCAUUGUACAAUGCAGCUUUGAAUGCAACACAAAAGUCAGGAGAAUUCGAGCACAUGGAGCAUAUAUUUCAGCUGAUGCAAGAACGGCAUAUACCACUAGAUGCAGCAUCGUAUAAUAUUAUGAUUGACGCCAAGCUUACCAGCCAUAAAGAUUCAUUAUUGCCGAAAGAUAUUUAUGAUGGACUAUUAACCAAACUGUUCGUACCUACACAAGCAACUUUUCAUAUAUUUAUAAAGCACGAUAUUGAACGGCAAAAUUGGAAACAUCUGGCAUUCUGGUUAGACACUAUGAAAGAACACCAGAUGAAGCCCAAUCGAGUUACCCAUCGCUUGUUAUUCAAAGCACUUGCUAAAUACCCAAACGAAACCGUUCUUAUCGAUUUGAUAGAUCGUUUGACAGUAUCCACAACCACCUCCGAGUCAGAAAAGCAAUCAUUUCCAACGUCUUUAUUGCAAGGUAUACCAGAAAAUGCAGCAGAUAUAUUACAGUCAGCGUACAAAGUAAGCCAGCCUAUUUAUGCAUUCAACUUGCUGUUAAAAUUUCUGUGCGAAAAGGGUAGUCUAAAAUUAGCAAAACAAGUUUUGGAUAUGAUGAGCAGUAUCGAGGCUCUACCAAAACCUGAUAUGGUCAGCUUCACUACUAUGUUCCAUGGUAUUUUACGACAUAAACAUCAUAUAGAUAUCGAUCAUGUGAACAGUGUAUACGAUGAGUUGAAACAACAAGGAAAGCAUAGCAAUGUUCUCCAAGCAGUUACUUUUUAUGGAACUCUGAAAUCUAACAAUUAUCAAAAUGUAAAAGAGGUCUUGAAUAAGUUUGAGUCAUUGCUAGGGAAUAGUCAAACGCACUCUAUCCAAGAUAACGAAGCAAACGAAAAUGACGCAGAGCAGACAGAAUUGGACGCAAUGACUAUCUACAACAUGAUGAUUGAUUUUUAUUUCGUUCAUCAUCAUAAAUCAGAACACCUUAGAGACAAGAUACCAGUCGAAGUGUUCAAUCUUCUACAUGAAGCAACUGAACGAAAGGGAUUACGCCCUGAUGUAUCAACUCUCAACAUUAUGAUUCGUGGUUUAGCUUUGUUCCAUGGUGAUUUGAUUGCGGCAGAUAAACUGUUACAAGCAUUCGAUAAAAAAGGUAUAAAGAUGGACGAGAGAACUUGCUGGUAUUUGGUCAGUGCAGCCUUUAGAAAAGGCAACAUUUCUACUGCAAUUCAGUACAUCAAAAACUACGAAAAUAUGGGUGGUUCAAUCAAGGGAUCUGGCCUGAAGGACCUCAGGAAUACUUUAUUAAAGUAA